AUGACCGGCGACAAAGACGGCGCUACGUUGCCCAAGGAGAGCCUGAGCCCCUUGGAUGGCGGUGAAAUUCAAGGGCUUCUUACCCAAACUAUCUUAUCCAGCCCAGUGAUCAAAUGGAUUCUUCCUGCUCGCAUUCGAAGCAAAGGCCACAACGAUGUCGUCUUUGUAGGCGAAAAAAGCGUGCAAGUUAAAGAAGCCGUCCAGGCCAGCUAUCUUGCGGAUGUGGCACAAAAAACAGAUUUCCGUGGUCCUAUUCUUGGGGCAAAAGUGCUCAAUGUGACCGCCGAGCUUCCCUUGGAGUCGCAGAUCCGAUCGGAUGAUCCAUACGAUGGCCCUUCGCAAGUUCUUGUUCUCUCAGUGGACAUGCAAGAGCUACAGUUCUUGUAUUGCUCGCCAUUCAAUCGGAAAGAAUUUGUAACAUUCCGUCGACCGUUUCCACAAGGAGUUUCUGUUGGCUUAAAAUUCGGCAAGCAUAUCGCUGUUGAUCCAAAGUCUCGCGCAGUCGCUGUUAGUGCGUCAAGGGACUAUUUUGGGAUUUUGCGACUUAUAUCUCCCGAGGAGGCCCAAAAGCAAAUGACAAAGGGAGAACUUGAUCCGAUACAAGAGGAACGUUAUUUCGGACUUGAUGGAUCUAUUAUGUUCAUGGAGUUUCUUUAUCCCAGAAGUGCCAAGGACAGGAAUAUUAUCUUGCUUCUCAUCGUACAACGAGAUGGCGUCUCGUAUGCUGUGACGUACACCUGGAAGGAUGACAAAGCCCUUCAUGCCUCAGACCCGGAGAUAGGAGAGUUCAAAUUAAGGAAGCAGCAAAAGGCUCCGACCAUGAUUAUUCCACUGACAAAGGAAUCGUCUUUUCUGGUUGUGAGCCCGAUAGGCAUGGCAGUUUAUCCCUCGGAUGGCUCAACUCGUCCCACAAAGUAUCAGAUUCCAGCCCCCGACUCCAAUAUUAAUGCUACCGCAUUAUGGACCCGUUGGGCCCGACCAGCCCGCAACUGGCUAUACAGUCAAGCUUAUGACGGGAUCUAUGUAUGCCGGGAGGACGGCUGGGUUCACUUCUUGGAAUUCGGCAACGAAGGCACUCUGGAAUCAGAAACUUCACUUGGUAAAAUCCACUGUGACGUGGAUACUGCAUUUGACGUUCUCGAUAUGGGCGAAGGCGAAGGUGGUGAUUACAUUCUUGCAGGAGGUAGCACUGGCGACGCGGGACUUUUUGUCCAAGAAGCCAGAGCUGGCCCGCAAUGUCUCCAGCGCUUCCUUAAUUGGGCUCCGGCCGCAAGUGCCGACAUUAUCUCUCCAGAGACUCGAGAUGUGUCUCUCCAUGGUAUGUCACAGAAUCGUCUAUUUACUUGCUCUGAAUCCGCUCCCUUUAGCGGAGCUAUUCAUGAAUUUAGAUGGGGCAUUGAGGCUCAGUUGGGAACUACCGUGCCACUUGAACAUUUCUCAAGUAUCAGAGAUAUGUGGACCAUGUUCGAUCACACAAAUGGCAAUAUUUAUGUCCUCAUGAGCGACCCUGUUUCAACUCUAGUUCUCCACACAGACUUGAGUAUCCAAGGUAUCAGUGCCCUAGAUGAGGAUCAGACAGGCUUGCAUAGUGGCCCGAGUUUAGCAGCGGGGUUCACACCAGAUGGAAUCCUCAUUCAAAUCACGGAGACUGGUACGCAUUUGUUUGUCACUCGCAAUACUGAGAUGAAUAAAUCUAUGCCACAUAGCACUGUUGGCGAUCAAAUGAAUAUACUUGCAGUGACCGUGGAAGGAACCUGUUCAACUGUCCUUACUGCUGUUCGACAGGCGGACAAGGCGUAUCUUUACGCCACCCGCGUCGUGCUCGAAAAUGAUCAUGUUGGCUUGAACGCUAGCGAGCCAAUCGAAAUCAAAAAAGAGCCCAUCUGCCUUUCCCUGCAAAAGCUUGGUGACAUGUCAUUCAUUUUCCUAGGAAAUAGCGACGGCACAAUAACUGUUUUCCUUCUGGAAAACGACAAGAUCACUUAUCUUUUUGAGACUUCUAUCUCUCUUAACAAUGAGACCGACAUUUCGACUGUUGUUGAAAGCUUUGCCACCAUACGGAUUUCACCUCCAAAUGGCUCUUUACGGGCCUUCCUACUUUGCGGUUUACGAAGUGGAAUUCUUGUCUCAUUUGAGAUUGACUUUAAUUCUAAUAAUUUGAUCGCCUUGCAACAAAAGGAAGCACAUCGUAUUGGAACCACUUCCAUCCAUCUUCAAGACAAAGGCUCAUUUGCCCUAUUCACAUGUGGCAAUGAGCUUUGGCACGUCUCAUACAACCCCGACUGCCUUCCAUCGAACUGUUUCAUCCGCCGAGUGUGGAUCGCAGAUCGAGAUCUGCCUGCUUAUUUCCCCACCUCGCUAUAUGGCUUCGGCCUUGUCGUGGCUCAACCUCUUGAGCCAAGUGUUCCUAUUGGGCCACUCUUUUGCUUCGCAGACCGCGAACUCCUCAUUUGCUCCCUAGAGCUGGAUUACAAGAUGGUCCCACGACGUAUAGAUCUGCCUGGUACGCCGCGUAGACUCACAUAUUCACCUCUCUUACAACGCCUUAUCGUGUCAUUUGAAAUUCCCGACUCCGAUAACCCCGAAACGCCAUUUGCAAAGUCCUUCAGAUCCCAUAUACAGAUUGUCGACCCGGACUCACAGAUCCCAGUGGUACAACGCGAACCCCAUGACCCGUGGAGACCAGUAUCAGCUCUUGGUGAAUCAAUUACUUGCAUCCUAGAUUGGGUCUUUGAACGAAAUGGACAGACCUAUCACAUGGUCGCACUUGGUACACACAUGCCUGCUGUUCACCAUCGUGAUCCCGACCAGGGGAAUCUUAUUUUGCUAUCUCCUCGGCGAAACCCAGCCGAUCCAUCCCAGAUACAUUGCACGACUCAGUUUAUUAGACAAAUGGACGCCCCAGUUCGUGCGCUGGUAUCCUAUCGGGACAGUCUUAUCAUUGGAGCUGGAAACCGUCUCAUCCCAAUAGCGGCCAAAGAUGCAACUCAAAAAUGGCACCGAAGUGCUUUGACUCAGCUUCCAUCUGCAGCAAUUUCCAUAACCACCCAUGAGAACUUCAUCUUUGUCCUAACUUCCCGACAUUCCUGGACAAUUUUAGAAGUGAUUUCUCCGUCCUCCAAUCUCAGCAACGAGGGGUCUACUCUCGCAAUUCGAUCCUGGGACUCCGUUCUGCGCGAUGGAUUGACUCAACACCUAACUCGCCUUGGCGACAAACCAGUGCUAUUUAUAAGCCACCGUGGCGGUCAUAUUAGUGUUUCCAAGUUUGAUCAAGAACGCCGAAGCUUGGAGGAAACCAAUCCUCGCCAGACUGGGCUGGAGGCGAAUCUUCCUGGGUCUGUCCUGCGUUUUGCUCCUGGAGGCCAACGUGAUGGUUCCUACUAUGGACUCACCAUUAAUGGCUCUGUUUAUCGGAUUGUGCUGCCAAGUCCUGACCAACUAGAUCUGCUCAGAGUUCUGCAGAAUCUGUGUUACAGAGAUGAAACCAUUUGUCCGGGCCUUAAAAAGCGAGUGCGGCGAACGAAUCUUCACGAUCUGAGCAAACAGCAUGUUGAUGGUGAUGUCCUUGUGAGGCUUUCCAAGCUCAGCCCAGAAUACCUUGGUCAACUUAUUGCAUCGCUCAGACCUGGUUCAGAAUCCAAUCAUAUGGAUGUUGUUCUUCGCGACCUUGCUCCAAAAGUAGUAGGAGGCUCGUCGGUUGAAGCGAUCAUUGCAUGGCUUCGGCAACUUCUAGACGUUUCUUUCUAA